AGCUCUUUCUUUCCGUUCCCAAAUUUUAAAACUCUAAAUAGUUCAAAUCCUACAUCAGAAAAAAAUUCAUACUAAAAUCGAAAACGUUACUGCAACACUGUCGGUUCUUCACCUCAAAUCUUGAAUCUUUCCUCAACGGCUUCUGUCGGUUUGCUUCAGUUCAAAAGUUUCCCUUUCUGGGUCGUCUUGUACAUAUAUAUAUUUAUGUAAAUUAGGUGCUUUAUUGGCUAAGUAUUAGUAUGUCGCUGUUAAGUAGAUUUUUCUAUAGAAGGCCCCCAGAUGGGUUGCUGGAACUUGACGAUAGAGUAUACGUUUUUGAUUCUUGUUUUUCCACUGAAGUACUGCCUGAGGGAAUUUACCAGCUUUACUUGCACGAAAUCAUAAAUGAACUGCACGAAGAAUUUCCAGAUUCCUCCUUUCUUGCUUUCAAUUUCAGAGAAGGCGAGAAAAGGAGCCAGUUUGCCGAGAUUUUAUGCGAGUAUGAUGUAACUGUAAUGGAUUAUCCAAGGCAAUAUGAAGGCUGUCCUGUACUGCCUUUGUCUUUGAUCCAUCAUUUUCUAUGUGUCUGUGAGAGUUGGCUUUCUCUUCGAAAUCAUAAUAAUGUGAUUUUGUUACACUGUGAGAGAGGUGGUUGGCCCCUUCUAGCCUUCAUUUUGGCUAGUUUCUUGAUUUUCAGAAAGUUACAAAGUGGAGAGAGAAAAACUCUCGAGAUGGUUUAUCGUGAGGCACCUAAAGGUUUAUCACAAUUAUUGUCACCUCUGAACCCAUUCCCUUCUCAGCUUCGUUACCUACAAUAUAUAUCAAGAAGACAUAUAUCUUCCGAGUGGCCUCCUCCUGAACAAGCUCUUUCUCUCGAUUGCCUCAUUCUUCGUGCCAUUCCAAGAUUCGACAAUCAAAAAGGGUGUAGGCCAAUUGUCCGCAUUUUUGGCCGGAACCUUCUUAGCAAGGAUGGAUUGUCAACUCAUAUGUUGUACACCAUGCCAAAGAAAGGUAGAAGUCUUCGACAUUAUCGCCAGAAGGACAGUGAUGUCAUCAAGAUUGAUAUUCAGUGUUUGGUGCAAGGAGAUGUAGUAUUGGAGUGUGUCCACUUAGACCUGGACCCUGAAAGGGAAGUCAUGAUGUUCCGUAUAAUGUUCAACACAGCUUUUAUUCGGUCCAACAUUUUAAUGUUAAACUGCGAUAACUUGGAUAUUCUAUGGGAUUCAAAGGCACGCUAUCCAAAAAGCUUUCGAGCUGAGGUUUUAUUUGGUGAUGUUGAGAGCAUAUCUCCUGCAAAAGUUCCCACUGCAGCUCUAAAUGGUGAGGAGAAAGGUGGGCUUCCUAUCGAAGCUUUUUCAAGGGUACAAGAACUUUUUAGUGGUGCUGAUUGGGUUGAUACCGGCGAUGAUGCUGCGUUAUGGUUGUUUAAACAACUAUCAGUGUUGAAUGAUAUGAAAGAUUUAUCAAUUUUGCAAAGUAGGAUGAGUGGGUAUUCGUCCCCAUUUGACUCUGAAGAAGAAAAUAAUGCAUCGAGUAUUGCUGACAGUUUGGACUUUCUGGACUCAGAGAAAGCUAGUAAUCUUACUUAUGCUAAUACAACAGACAUCAAUUUUUUAGAUGAACAGGAUUCAGCUUCUGAUGAAACUUCUGAUCUGAAGAUUUCUGAGGAUCAAGUGAAGCUUUCAAUGUCAGAUAUUGGUCCUGUUCAGUCUCCUUCUGAAAAUAACAGUCAAUUGGAUGCUGCCAUUGCUCCUGAACAUUCAAAGGAAGUUCGAGAUUGCGAUACAAGAACUUCCUCUUCUUCUCCAUUACCUUCACCAACUUCGUCACCUGUCCAUGUUAUUUCUAGUACAAAAGUCCCUGAAUCAUCAGCACCAUCUCCCCUACCCUCUGUGUUUGGUUCUCCUAGCAAGGAGGUUUCAUUACCUCCACCACCACCACCACCACCUCCUCCUAUAUUUGGUGGCCCUUCUUCUGUCCCGCGUCCUCCUCCGUUUCCAGCACUUGCAAGUUCUAAAAGAUCACCUCCACCACCACCACCGCCACCACCUUCAAUCGGUGGUAAUAGAGGACCUUCACCGCCAAGAGAACAUACUUCUUCAACUUCCCCUGAUAGCUUUGCUAGAGAACCUUCGCCACCUCCACCACUUCCAAAUAAGAGCUUUUUAGGCACCCCUGCUCCUCCACAUCCACCUCCUGUCCCUACAUUUUCUACUGCUCGUAGUCCUCCGCCUCCGCCUCCACCUCCCCCUCCUCCUCGGAGGCCAUCUAACUGUAAUUUAUCACCCCCUCCUCCUCCCCCUCCUUUUGUCUCUUCCAAGUUCCCCCCUUUAUCUCCUCCACCACCACCACCUCUCCCUCCACCUUCCGUGUCAUUUAGGUGUACGCCGUUGCCUUGUGUAACUCCCCCGCCUCCCCCACCUCCCCCACCCCCUGUCUCUUUCAAGGGCCCUCCACUUCCACCACCACCACCACCACCGACUUCUUCCUCUACAUCAAAUAGGUCAACUCCGUUGGCGCCUCCACCACCUCCACCUCCACCUCCACCUUCAUCCUCUACAUCAAAUAGGUCAACUCCGUUGGCCCCUCCACCACCACCUCCACCUCCACCUCCACCAAAUAGGUCAACUCCGCUGGCACCUCCACCACCACCACCUCCACCUACAAGCAAUUCUAAAAGGCCACCUGCACCUCCUCCACCUCCUUUGGGAGUUCCUAGGCAAGGUUCAACUCCACCCGCACCUCCACCAGCACCAAAGGCUCCUAAUGCUCCACCACCUCCUAGGCGGGGUUUGACACCCACUCCACCUCCACCACCUGGUGGAAAGGGACAUAAUGUGCCACCACCACCACCUUCAUCUACUGGACGUGUAAGAGCCUCCCUAGGCUCAAAUGCUCUAGGGAAAGGGCGAGGUGCAGGAGGUACGUCAAUUCCUCCUAAAAAAGCUUCAUUGAAGCCUUUACAUUGGUCGAAAGUUACAAGGGCCAUGCAAGGGAGUUUAUGGGCAGAUACGCAAAAUAAGGAAAAUACAUCCAGAGCACCUGAAAUUGAUAUUACAGAGCUCGAAAAUUUGUUUUCGGUGGCUUCAGCUACUGAUGGAACUAGCAAAGGUGGAGCUCGACGUGGUUCCAAAAUCAACAAACCAGAAAAAGUGCAAUUGGUUGAUUUGCGCAGGGCGUACAAUUGCGAAAUCAUGCUUACAAAAAUCAAGAUUCCCCUGCCUGAUAUGCUGAAUGCUGUUUUGGCUUUGGAUUCGUCAGCUCUGGACAUUGAUCAAGUUGAAAAUCUGAUAAAGUUUUGCCCAACAAAAGAAGAAAUGGAGACACUGAGGAACUAUAAUGGGGACAAGGAAAUGCUUGGAAAGUGUGAGCAGUUUUUUCUGGAGCUGAUGAAGGUCCCACGAGUUGAGUCCAAGUUAAGAGUGUUUUCAUUUACUAUCACUUUUUCUAAUCAGGUGACUGACUUGAGAACUAACCUAAGUACAAUUAAUAAUGCUACUAGAGAGGUGAAAGAAUCAGCCAAACUACGUCAAAUAAUGCAGACCAUUCUAACAUUGGGAAAUGCACUGAAUCAGGGUACAGCACGAGGAUCUGCUGUAGGGUUCAAGUUGGACAGUCUUCUUAAGCUUUCUGACACUCGUGCUAGAAACAACAAAAUGACCUUGAUGCAUUAUCUGUGCAAGCUCCUUGCUGAGAAAAUGCCAGAGUUGCUUGAUUUCGACAAGGAUCUUCUUCACUUGGAAGCUGCUUCUAAGAUCCAACUGAAGUCUUUGGCUGAAGAAAUGCAAGCAGUGAGCAAAGGUCUUGAGAAAGUUGAACAAGAACUUACUGCAUCCGACAAUGAUGGUGCAAUAUCUUCGGGCUUUCAGAAGGUGUUAAAGAAUUUCCUUUAUACUGCUGAGGCUGAAGUCAAGUCUCUCACUACUCUUUAUAUUGAAGUGGGAAGGAGUGCAGACUCCCUGUCCCUGUAUUUUGGCGAGGAUCCAGCUCGAUGCCCCUUUGAGCAAGUGACACAGAUUUUGGUGGUCUUCACCAAGAUGUUUAAAAAAUCACGCGAUGAGAAUGAACAACAAGCUGAUGCUGAAAGGAAGAAAUUGGAAAAGGAAGCCUUGAAGGAACAAGCAGCCGCUAGUUCUUCUGGAAAGAAAGAAGUUGAUGCUGAUCGAAUAAAACUAAACUUUCGAAAUCAGUUACAUGCUGUAUGAUCAGUUCAAAUUGACCAAGCUUACUAUACUCCAUAAGCCGACAGAGUGUAUACGGAGAACAGUUCAUAAUCGGGUAAAAAAGAUUUACAUUCUUGAUGAUAGCAGCCUUGGAAGGCUUUGCUCAAACAAGUUGAUGCUAGUGUACUUCAGUGUUAAGUUUUAUAGUUAGUUAUAUAUGUACAUAAUUACCACAGUUUUAUUGGCAUUUUUCUUGUCAUGUAGAAUCGCGCAGCGCUGCCAUGAUUACUCCUAUUUUGUAUCCAGAAGAAAAAAAUUGACACACCUCAAAAUUCGAGAGGUUUCCAAGUUGUACAUAUUGAAGUUCCAUAUCCGUGUAUAUGUAUUUAAAGGUGAUUUCUUUUUUACUA